CGUGAAGCGGAUUGAGUGUUGCAGCCUCGGUAUGUGGCGCAUGAGUGUACGUUUCGGGAUGUAACGGCGGUCUGUCGGAGCGGCGACACCGAAUUAAAACAUAUAUCCACACCCGGCGGACUUCGGAGGCAGGAUACCAGAGGAGAGCGGACGACAAACCCGCGGAGGGGGGAGUUUUUAAGACAGCACGGAGCGGAGGAGAAACACGGGAGCGUGGCAGGAGGGGACGCUCUAGCAAACCCAACCGACACCGCACGCAGAAAUGGCGGAGCACCACGCAGCCAGCGACGGCAAGCACAAAGCGUCCACCAAUGCCGGGGGCUCGGUGCACGGCAACAGCCGACCCGGCGCCGCGGGUGGAGGAGGGGGCAAAGGAGGCCUGUCUGGCGGACUGACACAGCCAGCUGGGUGGCAGUCUUUACUCUCGUUCAGCAUUCUUUUCCUGGCCUGCCUGGCCGGAUUCAGCUCCAGACUUUUCGCGGUGAUCCGGUUCGAGAGCAUCAUCCACGAGUUUGAUCCAUGGUUCAACUACAGAUCAACACAUCAUCUCACUACCAAUGGCUUCUAUGAGUUCCUCAACUGGUUCGAUGAACGGGCCUGGUAUCCUUUGGGCAGGAUCGUUGGAGGAACAGUAUACCCAGGGCUAAUGGUGACUGCAGGCCUUAUCCACUACGUGCUCAACCUGCUUCACAUCACCGUCCACAUCCGUGACGUGUGCGUCUUUCUGGCACCGGUGUUCAGCGGUCUGACCGCCAUCUCCACCUUCCUGCUGACACGGGAGCUGUGGAACCAGGGUGCAGGGCUGCUGGCGGCCUGCUUCAUUGCCAUCGUUCCUGGCUAUAUCUCGCGAUCCGUCGCUGGCUCUUUUGACAAUGAGGGCAUCGCUAUCUUCGCCCUGCAGUUCACCUACUACCUCUGGGUGAAAUCGGUGAAGACAGGCUCCGUAUUCUGGACCAUUGGCUGCUGUCUGUCCUAUUUUUACAUGGUGUCGGCAUGGGGAGGAUAUGUGUUUAUUAUCAACCUGAUUCCUCUGCAUGUGUUUGUGCUGCUGCUGAUGCAGCGCUACAGCAGAAGAGUCUACAUCGCUUACAGCACUUUCUACAUCGUGGGGCUCGUGUUGUCAAUGCAGAUUCCCUUCGUCGGCUUCCAGCCAAUCAGGACCAGCGAGCACAUGGCUGCUGCUGGUGUGUUUGCACUUCUCCAGGCCUAUGCGUUCCUGCAGUACCUGAAGGACAGGCUGACCAGACAAGAGUUCCAGACGCUUUUCUUCCUCGGCGUCUCUCUAGCCGCCUGCAUAGUCUUCCUCACAGUGAUCUAUCUCACCUACACAGGAUACAUCGCUCCGUGGAGUGGUCGUUUCUACUCUCUCUGGGACACCGGCUACGCUAAGAUCCACAUCCCCAUCAUAGCGUCUGUUUCAGAGCACCAGCCGACAACAUGGGUGUCCUUCUUCUUUGACCUCCACAUCCUGGUCUGCACCUUCCCAGCAGGCCUGUGGUUCUGCAUCAAGAACAUCAAUGAUGAACGUGUGUUCGUGGCCCUGUAUGCCAUCAGUGCGGUAUAUUUCGCCGGCGUGAUGGUGCGUCUGAUGCUGACACUGACUCCGGUGGUGUGCAUGCUCUCGGCUGUGGCUUUCUCCAGUGUCUUUGAGCAUUACAUGGGAGACGACACCAAGAGGGAGAAACCUCCUGCUGAAGACAGCAGCGAUGAGGACGACAAGAGGAAUUCUGGGAAUCUCUAUGACAAGGCUGGAAAGGUGCGUAAACAUGUGUCAGAGCAGGAGAAAGCAGAGGAGGGUCUGGGUCCCAACAUCAAGUCCAUAGUGACCAUGCUGAUGCUGAUGCUGCUCAUGAUGUUUGCCGUCCACUGCACCUGGGUCACCAGCAACGCCUACUCCAGCCCCAGCGUGGUGCUCGCCUCGUACAACCACGACGGGACGCGCAACAUCCUGGAUGACUUCAGGGAGGCCUACUACUGGCUGAGACAGAACACAGACGAGCACGCACGCGUCAUGUCGUGGUGGGAUUACGGCUACCAAAUAGCCGGCAUGGCCAACAGGACCACGCUGGUAGACAACAACACGUGGAACAACAGCCACAUAGCGCUGGUGGGGAAAGCCAUGUCGUCCAAUGAGAGCGCAGCAUACAAAAUCAUGAGGUCGCUGGACGUGGAUUACGUUCUGAUCAUCUUCGGAGGCGUGAUCGGCUACUCGGGCGACGACAUAAACAAGUUCCUGUGGAUGGUGAGGAUAGCGGAGGGAGAGCACCCGAAGGACAUCAGGGAGAGCGACUACUUCACUCCUCAGGGAGAAUUCAGAGUGGACAAGGCCGGUUCACCAACUCUGCUCAACUGCCUCAUGUACAAGAUGUCCUAUUAUCGAUUUGGUGAAAUGCAGCUGGACUUCAGGACGCCGCCGGGCUUCGACCGGACGCGCAACGCUGAGAUCGGCAACAAGGACAUCAAGUUCAAGCACCUGGAGGAGGCGUUCACUUCAGAGCACUGGCUGGUCAGGAUCUACAAGGUGAAGAAUCUGGACAACAGAGAGCCGCUGGACCACAAGAUCCGCAGCGUCGUGCCCAAACAGAAGUACACCUCCAAGAAGACCGCCAAGAGGAAGCGAGGACACAUCAAGAACAAACUGGUCCUGAAGAAGGGCAAGAAGCUCCAAAAAAAAUAACGGCGAUGACAAACUCUAGGAAAAGAAACAAAACGCGAAGAAACCUCUAACAACCAAUGAAGAAGAACACUGGGGCCGUUCACCCGGCACUUGGUCUCGUUAGAGCGCCCUCAUGUGUUGAGGAAGUGUCAUAUCUGGCUCGCUCCAGAACCGUUGUCCGUUUUAUCCUGAGGACGUUCGUCUUGCUUUGUUUGUUCUUUCUUUCCGGUUUUUGUUUUGUUUGGGUUUUGUGUUUUUUUUUUACUUGAAUGUGUGACAAGGCAUAGGGCUGCUCUACUCGGUUGGAUUCAUUUUCCUGGUUUGUUAAUUAACUGCUUCUCAGUGCAGGGGGAACGAGAGAGGAACAUUUGCACCAAAGACCCAUCGACCUUGCUCCACGGCACAUUGUUGAACUCAUUACUGAGAGCGAGGGAGGCGUGAACGCUGACGACUGUUCCUGACUCGUGUACAGAGGAGCGUAUGCGGUAUGGAGGAACGCCGGCCCACCUGUAAUAUUUACCUUUUUAUCAUCAUCAUCAUCAUCAUCUCCUUUCUGUCUGCCUGGCUCCCUGACCCUUCUUUUUCCACAGAUUCUUUAGGAAAGAAAGUUGGCCUAUUGUGUAAAUAUGUGAUGUAAAGAAAAUGUCUAAAAGGAUGAUAAUAUAUUGGAUUAUUGUGGUGACUUUUAAAUAUGCAGUCUUUUGAUUUUUUUCUCUUAAUUUCCUUUGCGUGAUCGUUUUUGUUAUUUUAUGUAUGACAGCAAAUAGAACAGUGAAUGCAAUAAUUCUUGUACAGAGGGGCUUGAAGAUUUUGUUGAAAGAAUGAUUCUGAAUGUGAAUUUUUACACUUCCCCCCCUUUUUUUCAUAAAUUGCGUAGAUUGUACAUUUCUGCUGCUAGGGUUUUAAAGACGGAAGCAAGAAGCAAACUGUGUGUAAAAAGUAGUGAUAAUAAAUUAGGCCUCCCGUCCUGCAGGGGGAGCUCUCUAGUCUGAGUGAGCAAAAAGCCUAGUGCCUCAUCGCUGGCCGUCAUGAGUUUAAUUUGGGACUGUUUUUGUUGAUCUUGUAUCGUCUGCUUCGACCGGACUGAGGCAUUGGAAACUGGGAGUUGUCUAAAUGUCUGGAAAUACACUGAUGAACUGUGAAGGGGGUAGUUAGAAUACAGGCACUGAGGUCAGGAACGGACUUCCAUCUCUGCCUGGACCUUCAGACGGACAAACUAACAAAAAGUCUUUAGAGCUCUGGAGCUGCGUCCCAACUCUAUACUGUAUGCUCAGUCUGCUGCUGCACAUAUCAGCAAUCCUCACGUUUUUAAGCAGUAGAACGACAACAAACAGCUACUCUGAUAGCAAAUAAUCUUCCACUUGUUAGUUUUACCUCUAAAAUGUUAAAAAAAAAAAAAAAAAAAAAAAAACUCUUUAGCCUUUUGUGGUGUCUUUAAAUGCCCCAGUAGCAGUCCACAACCCCAGAUUCAUCAAUUUAUGUGCAUGUAAACAGAGAAAAGUAGCAUCUCUUUACACUAAGGAGAAGUUAAAACAGGCACAUAUUCUGCAUUUUAAUGCUUGAAAGUGAUUCAGAUGUUAAAUUCAUAGUGAAUCUUGUCUGUAAAAUGCCUUCUUUGUUUGGUCAACAGUCCAAUAGCAUUCAGUUUACAGUGAUUUAACCCUCCUGUUGUCUUCUUUACCGGCGCCAAAAAAUAAUGUUUCCUUGUCUGAAAAAAUUCCAAAAAAUCAGCAAAAAAUUUUCCCAGAUUUCUGAAGAUUUGCAAAACCUUCAGGAGGAAAAUUCCAAUAAUUCCCUAAAAGUUUUAUUUUUAAAAAAAUCCCCUUAAUUUGGCAAGAAAAUCCUUGUUCCCGUUUUGUGCAAAAACUUGUUAUAUUUAGUUUUAGAAAAGCAUUUGUGGUGAUGCAAGCAGUGAAUUUUUGUCAUUUUUGCUUGAAAAAUGACUCCAGUUAUUAAUCAUGUGUUAAACUGUUAACCCUCGUGUCGUCCUGCUGGUCAAAUUGACCCGGUUUAAAGUUUAAAAAUGUGGAGAAAAAAAAUCUAUUUUCACAGUGAAACUUCUGAUGUCCACAUUUUCAACAUUUUUGGGAAAUUUUAACAUUUUUUGACAGAAAAAAAGAAAUGUUAAACAUGUUUCUUAAGAACAUUCACAAAAAAUAACCAAAAUCCAGCAAAUUUUGCUGGAUUUUGGGUGAUUUUUCUGUGAAUGUUCAUAAAGAAAAUAUUAGAAGUUUUACUGAUAUAUAUAGAAUCACUUUAGAUAUUUUUAGGAUUUUUUUGGAAGAUUUUCACUCAUUUUAAAAAAAAAUAUUUACAAGAAUUUUCUUGCCAAAUUUGGGGGAUUUUUUUUUAAAUAAAACUUUUAAGGGAAACUUUGAAGGAAUUGUUGGAAUUUUCUUCCUGAAGGUUUUGGGAAUUUUUUGCAGAAUUUUUGGAUUUUUUUCAGACGAAGAAGCAAUAUUUGUUGGUGCCCGUAAAUGAGGACAACAGCAGGGUUAAACAGUUAAUAAGUGGUUUUCUGUGUAGUUUUAUUGAGCUCUUAAAUGCAGUAUGCAGCUGGGACUGGGCUCUGCAGAGCGCUAACCUUCGUCUUCUUAUUCUACGGGCGCUGCACUGUUCUCUGGUCUCCGCCUCCAGACGCCAUGUGGAAAAACUAAAGGAGUUUCUGUACGUGCACGCUUCAGCAACUUUAUUUUUUAUGAAAUAAGUGACACAUCAAAAGACUAACACAUCACACGGCUGUACUCGUUUGGUGACAUCGCACAGAAAGUGACUCUUAUUAACUGUUUUUUUUCCCUUUCCUUUACAACAUUGUCUCACUUUGUUGUCUUUGCUUUUGAUCUCGUCUGAAACUGUCGCCAUCCCAGACCUUGUUACUCCGCUAAACAACGACGCCUAAACUGUGUUGAUUUCUCGUUUGUCCAGAGAGGACGGAGUUCAGACGAAGCCUUAAUGUGAUGUACAGUUUGUUGCCCUCUUAAUUCUGUUCCAUUUUGUGCUUCUUUUUUUAAAAUCAGGAACAGCGAACCGGUUCCUUCUAAGUUUACUUGUUUAGCUCCUCGCCGUCUGUCCGUUUUUGUUCGAUGCGAUCCCUCCCGACUCGUGUCUGCUCACCUUCAAAGUUUACAUUUUUACACUGUUGUUCUGUUCAGCCAUCUUUAAAUAUACACUUUAAUGAAAA